UCUGGAUCCAGAACCAGAACCGGUUCAACUGAUUGUUCUUCUCUGCAGUUGGACCUGAUCACGGACCUGCUGGGAACACCACCGCUGUCCGCCCUGGCGUUGGCCUGCGAAGGGGCCCGAGCCCACAUCCUCAGGGGACCCCACAAGCCGCCGUCGCUGUCGGUGCUCUACAUGCUGUCGGACGGCGCUACCCACGAGGCCGUUCACCUGCUGUGCCGCAUGCUGGUGUUUGACCCGGCCAAGCGGAUCUCCGGCGGCGACGCGCUGUCCCACCCGUACCUGGACGAGGGCCGGCUGCGCUACCACACCUGCAUGUGCCGCUGCUGCUACUCGGUGGCCGGCGGCCGCGUCUACACGCGCGACUUCGAGCCGGCGGCCGAGCGCCCCUUCAGCCACAGCUACGAGAACAGCCUGCUGUCUGUGUGGCAGGGCAAAGAACUGAUCCAUCGCUUCAUCACAGAGCACCAGCAGGGCAAGCGGGUCCCGCUCUGCAUCAACCCCCAGAGCGCCGCCUUCAAGACCUUCAUCAGGUCCACGGCGUGGCAUUCCUCCAAGGUCUCCAGGAAGGAGGAGAGAUGAAGGCUUCGGAUCUCCAUCAUCAUCAUCAGCCGGCGGGCGAGUUAGCUCUCUCUCUCUCUCUCUCUCUCUCUCUCUCUGUCUCUCUGUGUACGACCCAAACGGACCGACCUCAUGUUGAUUUGUUCUGGUUCUGCCGGAUCCACCUGGACACGCCCCCGGCGCCGGAGCCAAGCUGCUGCUGGAGCACUGGGACGGGUCAGAACCGGGUCAGAACCCGCCCGCCUCCUCUAAUGCUCCUCAUGUCUCACUGUGUUGUCGUUCUGUGGCGUUGCCAUGGCGACAGUAGUGCAACCUCACCAGAUGUAGCAGGUCUAACCACGCCGGUUCUGGUCCGGUUGUGACCCGGAUCAUCAAGAAAAAAAACGACUGGAUUAACUCAGAGACCAGAACCUUUCAUCUAACCCAAGUUAACCUCGGACCGGUACCAACUGGACCCUGUUACCUCAGAGUUCUGCAGAACUUUUGGACCGGGACCAGAACUCUGGAUAGUUUUGUAACGUUCCUCCAGUUUUACCUCCUCCUCCAUUUGUAACCCGGUUCUGACCCGGUUCUGGGAGCAGGACUUAUCAGAGAAAAUGCUGGUGGCUUAGUUCUGGUUCUGAUCACUCCGGCGCCCAACUGGACCGGGUCUCAGAACCCGACCCGCUGCCGGUUCCUCCAGUGACCCAACAGAACCUCCCGUCCACAGCAGGACCGUUCGGACCUUCUGGUUCUGGUUUGGUUCCGGUUCUAUUUCAAAAUAAAAUCACGACCCAAAAAACCAAAAUGGAAGAAAUCAUGAGAAAACUUCUGGUUCUCCAAACGGUACCAGAGAUCCGGGCCGGACCUGAUUUAAUUUGGACUGGCUGUGGUUCUGACAGGUCAUCAGAACCAGGCCGCUGAGAUGACAGAACCAGAACCAGAACCUGGGUUGCUGUUAAGACUGGGACCGGUUCUGGUUUCCAGCAGAAUGACUUUGCCGACGGUCUGGGUCAGAACCGUCUGAAGGGAAGAUCAGAACCGCCAAACCGGGUCGGGUCCAGAGUGUCGGAACCAUGGCUCCCUGGAGGAACCUGCUGCUGACUUGGUUCCGUUUGACCCGAGGGCCCGGCUACAGUGGCACCAGAACCUCCUGUAAAUGUGCAUGUGUGUUUAUUCCCCGUGAGGUCCAACAGAACCGGUCCAAUGGAAACUGGUACCGCUUCAUUCAGCCUCUUCCAGGAGGAGUUUUGUGUGAUUCCUUUGGUUCUGGUUCUGGUUCCGGGUCCAGUUCUGGUUCUUUCCUGCAGUCUCCAGAUUCUGGAGGAAAAAUCUGUGACCUGGGAUUACGGACUGGGCCGGUUCUGGUGGACCCAGAACAGAGCCGGAGGAUCUGGUUGUAAUCCGGUUCCUCUGCGUUGGUCAGAACCUCUAGAACCCGUUUUCCAUUUUAGAACCUUUAGAACUCGAUGUUUAUUAUUCUGAAUAUGGCUCCGAUGUUUCUGUCCAUUUUAGCUCAAAGUUCUGUUUGGUUCUGUUCUGGUUCUGGUUCUGUUCUGACAGAUACUUGAAUUUAGAAUCAAACUAGUGAUGGUGAAUAAAGAAAUGGACACUGGACCGGA